UAAACGAAUCGAAAACAACGAAACGCCAUUGUCAUUGUCAAAUCACAAAUGUCAUUUUGUGUCGGAUAGAUAGAAGCUAAUUUCGAGCGUUGAGUGAAUUAAUUGAAGAUGUACUCAACAAGCGAUUCGCCAAGUUCGCAAAGUUAUAACAACCAGCAGCAGUGGCCCUUAAAUCCAGCAGCAUACCAAAAUACACCAAACGAUCAAAUAGAUUGGGCUGCCUUAGCCCAACAAUGGAUUAUUAUGAAAGAAGUCGGUCCGCCAGUUCCCGAGCAACUGCUAACGCCUCCUCCACCACCAAAGAUCAACUCAGUUACGAAAGAAAAUGCUUUUGAAGGAGGUGAAGCGCCUAUGGAAGUCGAAAAAGACGAUGAUGCUCAGAAACCUAAUUGGAAUGAAAAUAAUUCAACAGAAUCGUGGGAAUGGAAUCAACAACAAAGUUGGGGAUGGAAUAAUACUUGGUCGAAUGCUUCAUCAGUUCCUUCGCCAGUUGCCAGUGCUUCAAAGGCGCCUUUACUUCCUACUCCGUCGACAUUCAAUCAAUUUUCUAAUUCGAAUGAAAACAGCAAUAAUUACGGAAGUUACAACAGAAGUUCCAGUGAGUAUACUGGUGGAUAUUGGACUGCAAGUGGCAGCAAAGGGAAACCGCACAAUAAACGGUACAGCAAAGUAAAUGUUUCCACGCGUCCGACAACCUCAUCCCCUUCGAUUGAUCCGGUCAUGUUGGAUGCUACAAAACGCAAACAACUACCUGCUUGGAUCCGUGAAGGUUUGGAAAAAAUGGAAAGAGACAAACAGAAGCAAAUAGAAAGAGAACGUGUAAAGCAGGAGAAGCAAGAGAUUAAUGAGAAAUCAUUGUUUAAUGAAAAAGAAGCUUUGGAAAUUAUCAAGUCUACAGUUAAGGAGAGGGAGAGAAGUAAAUUUGAUAGCGAUGGGGAAGAUUCACCUGUUGAGGCUGACAAUGGAGACAUUGAGGGCAUUUCUACUGAAAGUGUACAACUAACACAAGAAGAAUUGAUGAUGAAGGUGCGACGGACGAUGACGGAAAUUUUAUUAAAAGUUACGAAUCAAGAAAUACGGGCGGUAUGUAAAGAAGAAUUUCAAAGACAGUUAAGGAAAAGCAAAGCUUCAGAUCAACGUGUAUCCGCACCCAGCGGAACCAAUGCUCGCGGCAAACUCGGACUGGGUAUGUACGGCGAUUCAGGCAGCAGCAGCGAAAAUAGUGAUGAUGAUUAUGAACACUCAAGAAACAACUCAGAUGCAGAAUUAAAGGACGCCAUUAAGAGGAAAAAAGCUGAAUUCUCAAAAACGGAACGAGAAAUUGAAGCAAGAUUAGCGGCGGCGGAGAAACAUCUCGAUGACAGUAGAGCAGGAACUCCCAAGGCUGACAGCAGUGACUCACAGGUAGACGCAAAAUUUCAAGGCUAUAAGGCAAAAGUGAGCAAAGAAGUAUCUCCGAAACAAUUGUAUAAGCGUCAUAAAUCACGUAGGGAGUCGAGUAGUUCUUCAGACGAUAGUGACACCGGUUCGGAAGGUAAAAAAAUGAAUAGAUCGAGGAAUUCUUCGAGUUCCGAAAGUAAUUCAAAAUACUCGAAAACAAGAACUAGGCAUUUAAAGAGUCGCAAUAAAAGUCGAUCUCCAGAACAAAAGAGGAAGAGUAAAAUGAGAAGUUCCGAUGCAAAAUUGAAAUAUUCGGAAUCGUCCAAUUCCAAAGCAAGCAGCGUAAGGUCAAGGAAAUCGAGAUCGAAAUCACCCGAUAGUAGAAGAAGAAAAUCGCGAUCGCCAGAUAGAUCGCGACAUAAUAUGUAUAAAAGUUAUUACUCUAAGAGAUCACGGUCAAAAUCUAGUACGGAUUCGAACCGCUCCAGAUCAUACACUAGAUCACAUAGAUCUAGCUCCAGAAGCAGGCGUUCUAGAUCCCAUAGUCGGUCUGAGCGUAGCCACCGGUCGAGAUCUCAUUCUCGUUCAGAAAGGUCACGAAGAUCCCGUUCGGGUUCUAGAAGUACAAUACAGAGUAGCAAAGCUCAUUCCCGGCGUAAAUCAACUUCUUACAGUCCAGAAGUGCGUCACAGGCGUAGGUUACGAUCUCGUAGUAGCAGCAGGGGUAAGAGAUCAAACAGACACUAAGAGGCACCGAUACAUUGCAGGUUGUAUUUUUGAUUAGUUUAUUUUUUAGACUUAACUGCUAAUCUAACCAUUUUUUUACUUCCAAAAAUUCAAGGAGGUUAUGUUUUGAAGAGUAACUUACAUAAUUUUUUAGACAAAUUCAAUAAGGUACAAUCCCUAAACAAAAGGCAUUAUUUUUUUAUGUAUUUGCAUCUGCUUUACUUUGAUUAAGAAAAAAUGUGCACACAUUCACCAAUAACGGUUUAUGAUUAUAUUAUAUUUAUAUAAUUAUAUUAUAUUAUAUCAUUACAAUUAUAUUAAUAAACGACGACAAUUCAAACGAUAUAAGGAUGUACAGCAAUUGACUUAAAUUAUCAUAUGAAUGCGCGCAUGGAUAUGCAAUAUUUAGGCGUUCAAAUUUUUACAAAUAAAGCAAGAUAAACUUUUUCUUGAAGAUACUCUUCAAAUCGCCUCCCAGUUCAAUUUCAUUUAUGCUGUUUUUAAUUUUUUUGCUACUUAAAAAAGUUCAGUACGUUUUUAUCUAUGCAUUUUGUUUGCAUUUCUAAUGUAUCAUUAAUAAUGUAAGCCUGAAAAAGCUAAAUCUCACAUUAUUUGAUACAUU